CCGCCAAAAAAGAGGAAUAAAUUAUUUCGGAAAUUAAUAAAAAUAUCAAAAAAAAAAAAGGAACAAGUUUCAAUCUUUGGAUUGGUGCUUCACUUAGCCACCAAGUGUGUAACUUUCAGGUCAAUUUUCCGAUCAUAGCUUUUUAGGGUUCCGUUGACUUCAAAUUGACAUGGCUAAUUCCUCAAUCUCAGCUCUUCUUCUUCUUAUCCUUGUAAUCGCUAGUUCCGUCAAUGGAGGAGAUCAAGAGUAUUCACGUCAAUUGCUAACAGAAGCUUUGGGUGAUAAAGAAUGGUUAGUCUCUAUAAGAAGACAAAUCCAUGAAAACCCAGAACUCCUUUUCGAGUUACACAAAACCAGUGCUCUGAUUCGUCGCGAGCUUGAUGAAUUAGGGGUUUCUUACUCUUACCCGGUUGCGAAAACCGGAAUUGUAGCUCAAAUCGGAUCCGGUUAUCCUCCGGUUGUUGCUCUCCGUGCUGAUAUGGAUGCUCUUCCCUUGCAAGAACUUGUUGAGUGGGAUCAUAAGAGCAAAAUCGACGGAAAAAUGCAUGCUUGUGGUCAUGAUUCACACACCACCAUGCUCCUUGGUGCUGCUAAAUUGCUUAGCAAACGUAAACAUAAGCUUAUUGGAACUGUGAGGCUUCUUUUUCAACCAGCAGAAGAAGGUGGUGCUGGUGCUUUUCAUAUGAUAAAAGAAGGUGCUUUGGGUGAUUCUGAAGCAAUAUUUGGGAUGCAUGUUCAUACUGGCUUACCUACAGGAGAAUUAGAAACAAUCUCGGGUCCUGUUAUGGCAUCCACAAGCAUUUUCAGUGUAAGAAUAAGUGGAAUAUUACCGGCUUCUUCGGAGACAUAUGCUUGUGUUGAUCCGGUGUUGGCUGCAUCAUCUACCAUCUUAGCAUUGCAACUUAUAGUCUCCAGAGAAGUAGAUCCUCUCUUAAGCCAUGUGCUGUCUGUUACAUUUAUGAAAAGUGGCGGUUCUGAGUUUGAUGUGAUUCCGGCAUAUGUAGAAUUUGGGGGAACUUUGAGGAGUCUUACAACUGAUGGCAUGAACUUGUUGAUAAAGCGGUUGAAAGAGGUGGUUGAAGGAGAAGCUGAAGUUCAUAGAUGCAAAGUGGAUAUAGAUAUGCAUGAAGACGAUCAUCCUAUGUAUCCAGCAACAGUGAACGAUCACAAGCUACACGAAUACGCUGAAAAAGUUUUGAAACUCUUGCUUGGACCCGAGAAAGUGAAACCGGGUGGCAAGGUAAUGGCGGGUGAGGAUUUUGCUUUCUAUCAACAAAAAAUACCCGGUUACUAUCUAGGGAUCGGUAUCAGAAACGAAGAAAUCGGUUCUGUACAUAGCGUUCAUUCGCCUUAUUUCUUCCUCGACGAGAAUGUGCUUCCCAUUGGAUCAGCAUCGUUUGCUGCCUUAGCUGAGAUGUAUCUACAAGAGCAUCGGAAUCAAACUAAGUCUGGAGAUUGAGAAAGUACUAAAGAAAGCUUUAGAUCUAAGUCUCUUAGUUAGUUGCCUUCAUAAGUAAAUGCUAUCUUUAUGAAAUUACAACUUCAAGAAAUCAAUUGUGGUUUAAUAAAAUUGUAAGUAAUGGGUCUCACAUUGUAUGUGUCUGAGUCAUCCAAAACGAUGCAGUUUGAUUUUGAGAUACCGACAAAAAAAAGCAGGUAAAUUUUUAUGAUAAUAAUAAGCAAAUGAAGUGACAUUUGAACCUA